CGCAAUUUUGAACUCUUAUUGGCAAGAAAUGUAGAAUAUGUGACAAGAGGUUUACAGAGGUUUAGAAUUCUCAUGUCUUUAGUACAAAACCGGACUUAGAUGUCCUGUAAACGUUCCUUGUACUGAUGUUAUUAAAACCGUUUUAGUAAAAACCAGACUUAGGUGUCCUGUAAACGGACAUCUAAGUCCGGUUUUGUGCUAAAACGCUUUUUUAUCAGUACCUAGUCACAGUUUUCAGACAUCUUUCUGGUGGUGAACCACAACUCGUGUCAGAGUAGGAGAGAAAGUUGAAUCAGAAGAGGUCAACUCCCGGAAAUUCUAAAAUUAGAAUAACGAAAAUCCAAGACUUAUACAAAUCUAAGUGUUGUUAAAAGUUUUGCUAAAGAAACUACUUUGCUCAGAAUUUAAAAGAAGAUCGUCGUUCGUCCACAUCUUUUCUGUCGUUUCAACUUUCUGAUUGGUCAACUCACUCACUGCGCAUCUCGGUAAUGAUACACACCUUGUCUUCCGGCAUCAUAUCCGUGUAUGCUACCGCGCAUAUAAAAUACUGAUGACCAGUGUCUGAGUCUGACGUAGUGAGCAACAUAACCUUAACAAAAGAAGAGAAGAGAAACAGGUGAGAGAGCAGGUGAGAGCGAACGAUAGUAAGUGGCAAUGCGAGUAGAAAGAAGCUGACUGUCAUCAGAAAUCAACGCUCGAGGAAACAAAGUGUGUAUCAACAGACGUACACCCAAGGGAGACUCUGUUGUACAUAGACGGUGUCGUGGUAGCGCAUUGGCGUGUGGGCGGCAAACGAGGAGAAGGAGGAGGAAGAGACAUGAGAGAGAGAGAGGGGGCAGAAUAGCAGAGCAGAAUGAACGAAUCAUAUGACGGAUCUGUGUGCGCAUCGUCGCGUUAACUGCUGACAAGUGAGACAUCAAUUGAACGGCUCAUUGACUCUCAAGGAACUGUUGCAGGCGCGGUUCCCUGUUGGGGCGUUGGACGUUGGCGCAGACUACGACGGAAGAUGUAACCGAGUGAGUUGUAAAUAGUCACGAACUGGCGGCGCGUCGCAGAUAACGCAGAUAAACAAUGUUGACGUGACUCACUGCAUGACACUAACGGCGCCUUCGAGAGCGAGAACGCAGUUUCCCGCGGCGUAGAGGAAAGAGAUAAGAAGGAAACGAUGUUGCCGCCUUCGUUAGAUAAGACGUGCUAAUCGCUCUUCGAGAACGCCGUUCCAAGAGCAAUGGACGAUGAACAGCCGGCGAGAGAGCAGACCGCCAAAGUCUGUGGAGUCUGCGGUGACCGGGCGCUCGGUUACAACUUCAACGCCCUCUCCUGCGAAAGUUGCAAAGCCUUCUUCAGGAGAAACGCGUUGAAGAACAAGGACUUCAGAUGUCCUUUCUCAGAAAACUGCAAGAUCACACCUGUAACCAGACGUUUUUGUCAGAAAUGCCGACUCGAAAAGUGUUUCAGUAUUGGCAUGCGCAAGGAUUACAUAAUGUCUGAAGAAGACAAAGUUCAGAAGCGCAAGAAGAUUGAGAACAAUCGCGCGAAAAGACGAUCUCAAUCGGACAGCGCCAAAGUGUCGAAAAUCAGAAAGGAUUGCGUGGAGGAUUGUACGUUCGAGGAUACGUCGAUGUCGAUAUCGGUCGGAUCGACGAUAUCGGAGACAUAUUUCUGGGAAUCUGACAAGAAAUAUACAGAUCUAGAUGGAAAUCGGCGAAACGCGGUCGAAAAUAUGAGCCCGGCGACGGCAGCGAGCGUGCCGAGUCCUUCGAGUCCGCAGGAGAGUACGAAUAUCGCUGGAACAAAAACGUUGGACAUGCUGAAAGAAUCCUCUCACGGUUCCAGGUCUAAUCUUACAAGUCGUACGAGAUAUACCGACUUCAACGUAGACUCUUCAAGUGUGAAGGACAACAAGAACUCUCGAACGUGCUCGAAACAAUACGAGCAAACUGCGCCGAGUCCUGAGUUUGUGGAUGUUAAUAGCGAAUUACCGAAAUACAGUCCUUCUUUCGAAGAAAGCGCCAAUUAUUCAACGUUUCAGCAGAGUCACGAGCAAAACUCACCCGCGUUUGAGCACGAGACAAACAGCAGCGGCGCAUCAAGUCAGCUCGACAUGAUGUCUCGAACGGAAUUCACGAAAGACGAGUUGACGACGAUGUGUAAGAAACCGAAGGAAACGUGUUCGAGUGGGAAUGAUAAACUGAUCGUCAAAUCAAAGAACGAUUCCGGACUGCUCGCAAAGUUCUUCAGCAAUCCGAAUUUGGUCGCAAAGAUAUUUCAGGAUCAAAGAGUAAUAAUGAAGAUAAUGACAAAUCCCGACAUGAUCACGUGUUUGGCGGCGGAUCCGCAUGUCUCGGAGCUCUUGGAGGAAAACAGCGCGGUCUUGCGCGACGAAAAGCCGAUUGGUCAAUCGAGAGAAGUAAUGACUCUGGGAAGUAAUAAUAAUAAUUCAGUUAAUAGACAAAUUCUCAAGUCCAGAGAAAGCCACGUGGAAAAUCCGAUUCUGACGGAUUUGAUUACGAAUCGUAACACGGAAGAUUGCAGAAAUCAAAAUUUUGAGCCCGGUACAAGCGCUGAUUGGAUCAAGAACACGACCGACGUUACCAGAGAUGUUCUACAGGAUGUUCAAAGGAUACCAAUUGCUGCUAACUCAAUAGAAUCUAUUUUAUGCGAAGCUAUCAAGUUGGAAUAUUCAGCAUUUUCUAGUUUUGGUAAUAAAAGCAGUAGAGAAUUAAACGAUUCCGAGCGAGCAAAAUUAAACGAAUUAAUAGUUGCUAAUAAAGCGUUAUUAGCUCCGUUAGAUGACGAUAUAACGAAUUUAGUUGGCGAAGAGUGUAAAUUUAAGAAUAAUUUUGGUCAGUCAGAUCCAAUGCUCUUAGAUGUUAUAAAUCUAACGGCUAUAGCGAUUAGACGCUUGAUAAAGAUGUCCAAGAAAAUAAAUGCGUUUAAAAGCAUGUGUCAAGAGGACCAGUUAGCUCUGCUGAAGGGUGGCUGUACGGAAAUGAUGAUACUCAGAUCGGCCAUUAAUUACGAUCCCGAUAAGGAUAUGUGGAAGAUACCGCAUAGUCAGGAAAGCAUGUCAAAUAUCAAAGUGGACGUGCUCAAGGAAGCAAAGGGAAAUUUGUAUGCGGAGCACGCGAGAUUCGUCCGAACGUUCGAUCCGCGAUGGCGUGACGAAAAUAUCAUUUUGAUUUUAAGCGCGAUCGCCUUGUUCACGCCCGACAGGCCGAGAGUUGUACACGGCGACGUUAUUAAAUUGGAACAAAAUUCAUAUUAUUAUCUCCUCAGACGAUAUCUAGAGAGCGUUUAUCCAGGCUGCGAAGCCAAGUCCACAUUUCUCAAGUUAAUACAAAAGAUUUCCGAGCUGCACAAACUGAACGACGAGGUCGUAGGCGUGUAUUUGAACGUCAAUCCAUCCAGUGUAGAACCGCUGCUGAUAGAAAUAUUUGAUUUAAAGCACUGAUUAGCUAGUACAAUUAUUUUGUAUGUAUGACGUAAAAAAAAAAAAAAACAAACAAACAAAUUAGAAAACCGCUGCGCAUCCCGUAUGGAAAAACGCAUUUCUAGAAAAAUAUUAUCUAAGUCAGAGAAAGAGAGAGAGGGAGAGAGAAAUAAACACAGAAAAUAUACAUGGAGGAGAGGGGGUCUGCUGUAAUUAAAUAAAAACUUCAACAUUGCCUCUUAGUACAUAUCUGUAAUAAAAACAGUAAUACAUUUUAAUUUCCAAAUAUUUUUGAGUAAAAUGUAGAAGACUAUUUAAGAUAAGAUUGUAGAAAAUUUAUCAGAAAGUUAAUAUUGUAUAUAACUACAAGCAUUCCGCGCAACGUCAAUGUCAUGUUAGAGAUAAUAAUUCGCAGUUUAUUAAUUAAUUCGUUCUGCAAGCGGGAACGUACGUAUUUAUAAAUCAACAAUCAGUGUUGAUAGAAAAUUGACAUGGGUACUUUAAAAAAUGCCAUAAUUAAAAAUUGCAAUAUUUCGCUUUAUGAAAAAUAUAUCGUGUUACAAUAUUGUUAUAUCACGUUAUCGUGUUACAUCGUUUUAAAUAUAUUUCGAUAAGUUAUCUUUAUGCGGAGGAUAUAUAUAUGUGUAUAUAUAUAUAUAUAUGCGUACAACGACAGCAUACUAAUUCCUAAAUAGCUGUUUCCUAUUUUCUUUGUUUUUUUUUUUUUUUUUUAAGAAAUAGUUAAAAAAAUAUAUAUAUUUAUAUAUUAUUAUAUAUAUUUUUGUGUAACACAUAUCAAACAUCCUCAACUUUGCGUGUUAUACGAGCGAAUAUAUGCUCAUAUAACAAGGCCUGCGUCUACAAAAACACAAGACUUCAAAAAUGCAAAUUUUAUUAUAUAUAAAUAUUAGCAGUUUUGUCAUAUUUUAGAGUAUAAAUGAGAGUAAAAGAGAGAGAUAUUAUAAUCGUACGCGUGUAUAUAUGUGUUGCUGUUAUUACAUAAUGUAAAGAUAAAUUGUGAUAUUCCUCUGACAAAAAUAUAUUUUUCAAAAGUAA